AUGCCCAAACGUGAAGAAGAAGAAGAAACACAAAAAGCAAAAGAAGAGAAACAUCCUUCCCUCGACCAUGAAGCGCAAAAACACCACAAUAAAAACGUCACAGUCAUUCUCGAUCUCGAAGAAUCCACCUCCACCACCUCCUCCUCCAAAACCUCCUCAUCCUCUCCCAGCAAUGGCGAAUCCUCCUUCCCCUUCACCCCUCCAGAUCAAAAACGCAUCAUCCGCCAAAUCGACCUCCGCGUCGUCCUCCUCCUCGGAGCCAUGUACGCCGUCUCCCUCAUCGACCGCUCCCAAAUCGGCCUCGCCAUGAUUUCCGGCAUGGGCACAGAUUUACAACUUACCGUGGGAGCUCGCUACAAUAUCAUCAAUGCCGUGUUUUUUGGGCCCUAUGUGCUGUUUCAAUUGCCUUCGACGGUGCUGUUGAGAAAAAUUGGACCCAAGAGGUUUUUGUCCGGGGCGACGUUGGCGUGGGGGUUGGCGACGUUGGCGUGUGGGUUUGUGAGGGAGUGGAGGGAUUUGGUGGCGCUGAGGGUUGUGUUGGGGGCUUGUGAGGCGGGGUUUUAUCCUGGUGGCAUCUACCUCCUCUCCACCUGGUACACGCGCUACGAACUCCAAAAACGCUUCGCAGGCCUCCUCAUCCUCGGCGUCAUCCCCGCCGCAUUUUCCGGUAUUCUCGCCUUUGGAAUCUCGCACCUCGAAGGUCGUGGCAUUGCAGGAGGUGGACCUUCUUGGUGGGGAAGUUUGAAAAGAAAAUAUCCCCUCGAUCCUAAUGCAUCUUCUUCUCCUACGUAUGGGCCAGGUUUGGCGGGUUGGAGAUGGAUUUUUAUUUUAUAUGGAAUUACGACGUGUGUGAUUGCUGGUGUGGCGUGGUUUUUGUUGGUGGAUUUUCCGGAGAAGAUUGCUUUUGAAGAAGAAGAGCAGGUGGCGUUUUUGACAAAGCAAGAAGCUGCGUGGGCUGUGCAUCGGAUUGAAAAAGAUCGAAAUGAUGUUAUGCCUGGCGAAUUCCACCUCUCCUCCUACCUCUCCCCCAUCCUCUCCCUCCAAGUCUGGUCCUUCGCCCUCCUCUACUGCCUCUCCGGCACCAUCGGCUACGGCAUCAAUUUCGCUCUCCCCUUAAUCCUCCACAAAGGAAUGGGCUUGAGUACUCCCGUCUCGCAAUGUUUGGUCACUCCGCCCUAUUUGGCCGCGGCGGGUGUGACGUGGAUUGAAGCGUAUUAUGCGGAUCAGUGGAGAGUGCGAUCGCCGUUUAUUUUGGGGAAUUGUGUCGCUGUGGGGGUUGGUCUCUGCCUCAUCGGCUUCGUGGAAAAUGUCGGAGUGAGAUAUUUUGGUGUGUUUUUGGCGGCGAUUCCUUCGACUGCGAAUGGACCUUGUAUUUUGACGUGGCAGGCGAAUAAUGUUCGAGGCCAAUGGAAAAGAGCUCUAGUUUCCGCCCUUUCUGUAGGAUUGGGAGCCAUAGGAGGAGUUACAGGAUCCAUGGUAUUUCGAACUCAAGAUCAACCCCAUUAUACACCCGGAAUCGCCACGUGUAUUACGGCAGCGGGACUCAUCAUGGUGAUUGUGGUGCUGCUGAACAUCACCUUUAUGCGAGCCAACAAACGAGCAGCGGCGGGAGGUGAGCCGGUGGAAGGGCUCGUGGGAUUUCGCUACACACUGUGAUUGUUGCCAAUACGGUCAUACCAGGACAACACAUCUACACGAUCCCAUCCAGAACACCUGCGAGGAUUUGCAUCCGACUCUAUCAACGUUCCUCGUUACACUGUCCCAACAUCGCAUACGCAUCCAGGGUAUCUCAAGUACUGCCAUCAACAUCAUUAUCAUCAUAAUCAUCACCAUCAUCCCAUGCCAAGCCCAUCCGAGCACGCUCACAGAUCGCCGUCGCUUUCACAUCAUCCCUCUCCAGUUUCUCACAAGGCGACCAUCAAGCCCAAGACUGCAACAGCACCCGCCAUCCACGUGCCGACGCGUCGGACCGGUGCAGCAGCUCCCUCGCUGUUCAGACUCGGGGCGGCAGUCGUCGUCUGCGCAGGCACAUUGACCACGGCGGUAUAUGUCGACGUGGUGGGACCAUUGGGGCCACUGAACGUCUCCACGCUCGUGAAGGUCGAUGGCGAUGGCUUGGCGGAAGCAGGAACAGUCGUCACAAAGACCGAAGUGACAUUGUGAGCAGUGGGUAUGGCACUGUGGGCGGAGGUGGUCGUAUUGGAGUAGAUGGGAGUCUGCGGCGGGGGCUUGCUAUUCGGACUGGUCGUGGCGUUGCAAAAGACGGAUCCGAUUUGUUGAGUGUUAGUCGAGAUGAAGCUGGGAGUGGUGCUGUUGAAGGGGAGGCCCGCAUUGUCCGAGGCAUCCGCAUUACGAUAUGGCGUGCAGGUCACGGCGGUGAGGUUCACGCCCGAGGCCUGCGUCAGGUACAGGGUGGAGACGGCAUCCAGGGCGGGAUUGGUGUAGUAAAUGGAGAGAGGCACGGUGAUGGACGUGUUGGUGAGACCCACGCCGGCUCCUCCAUGACUGGUUUCGAUAAUGACCACGACGCUCUGUGCAGCGAUUGUGGUGGCGGCCGUCAAGAUGGUGGUGGCAGUUCUUGCACGCAUACUGAAGGAAGGUUUUGGGAUGGACUGGUUCCGGUAUGUCUGAUAGGUGUUUGUAGGUCUGCAGUGAAGGAACGGGUAGGUAAUACUGUAUAGAGGCCUAGGAGGUGUACAAAUAGGGAUCCCUUCAGGUUGGUGAAGUCGGGUGAAGUGAAGUGAAGUCAAGUGAAAUGGACGGGAGAGGAGAGGAGGAGACAGAGUGGAAUGGAAUGGAAAGUCA